AUGUUACUAACUAUUACUAGGAUCACGCCGCUGUGUGUGGGACAGGUGGUGGCGUGGCACAGACCCUACUGUGUGGACCUGGAGGAAAGCACUUUCUCCCACCUGCGUUCCUUCCUGGAGCGCUACUGUGACGGCAUCAACAGCGAGGUGCCACCCCUCCCCUUCCCCUCCUCCAGGGAGCAUCACAACUUCCUGAAACUCUGCCUUCGACUGCUGUCCAAUCACCUGGCUUUGGCUCUGGCUGGGGGAGUGGCCACCAGUAUCCUAGGACGACAGGCCCGCCCCCUCCGGAACCUUCUCUUCAGACUGAUGGAUUCCUCUGUUCCCGAUGAGAUCCAAGAGGCUGUGAUUGAGACUCUGUCUGUGGGGGCCACUAUGCUGUUACCUCCUCUGAGAGAGAGGAUGGAGCUUCUCCACUCCCUGCUGCCCCAGGGACCUGACAGAUGGGAGAGUCUGUCUAAAGGACAGAGGAUGCAACUGGACAUCAUUCUGACUUCGCUCCAGGACCACACCCACGUAGCAUCCCUCCUGGGGUUCAGCUGUCCCCCCGAGGCCCCCGAGGCCCUGGCCUCUUCCUGCGGCCUGGACCCCUCCUACGGAGCCCCCGGCACCAACCCUGACACACACCUGGCUGAGAUCCUAAUGAAGACCCUGCUCAGGAACCUGGGCUUCUACACGGACCAAGCCUUUGGGGAACUAGAGAAGAACAGUGACAAGCUGCUCCAGGGAACGUCUUCCUCAGACAGCAGUCAGCCGGCUCAUCUCCACGAGCUGCUCUGCUCCCUACAGAAACAACUGCUGGCAUACUGCCACAUCAACUGUGUUACUGAGGUACGCAGACACACUGGCAUACUGCCACAUCAACUGUGUUACUGAGGUACGCAGACACACUGGCAUACUGCCACAUCAACUGUGUUACUGAGGUAUGCAGGGACACACACACUGGCAUACUGCCACAUCAACUGUGUUACUGAGGUACGCAGGGACACACUGGCAUACUGCCACAUCAACUGUGUUACUGAGGUACGCAGGGACACACACACACACACACACACACACACACACACACACACACACACACACACACACACACACACACACACACACACACACACACACUGGCAUACUGCCACAUCAACUGUGUUACUGAGGUACGCAGGGACACACACACACACACACACACACACGGGCAUACUGCCACCUCAACUGUGUUACUGAGGUACGCAGACACACACACACACACACACACACACACACACACACACACACACACACACACACACACACACACACACACACACUGGCAUACUGCCACAUCAACUGUGUUACUGAGGUACGCAGGGACACACACACACACACACACACACACACACACACACACACACACACACACACACACACACACACACUGGCAUACUGCCACAUCAACUGUGUUACUGAGGUACGCAGGGACACACACACACACACACACACACACACACACACACACACACACACACACACACACACACACACACACACACACACACACA